AUGAGCGAUUCGUGGCCAAAUAUCGAGCGAACGACAAUAACGGCGUCGGUGCCCGAGUCUCCGUGCAAUUUCGACGACAAACCGCCGUUCAACCGAACGAUCAACGUUUAUCCGCUGACCAACUACACUUUCGGAACAAAAGACGCGCAGGCGGAGAAGGACAAGUCGGUUCCAGAGCGAUUUAAGCGAAUGAAGGAUGAAUACGAAGUGGUUUGUGCUUUUUUGCCCUUCGGAAUCGACUUGUUGAAUUGGAAAACCGAGAAAUAAAAUACAGUUCCGCACAUUUUUCAAAGUUAAUUAUUCCAUCUUUGUUGUCUAGAAAUUAGAAGAGCUCGGGAAACAAGUUAUUUUUUAAUUUUUUUCAGGUGGGAAUGCGUCGAUCGGUGGAAGCGGUGCUGAUUGUGCACGAGCACUCCCUCCCGCACAUUCUUUUGCUCCAAAUCGGAACCACUUUCUACAAAUUGUAAGUCGUUCGAUCGCGUUACAUUUGACAAAUAGAAAAAUCUAUUUUUGUAUAGAAUAUUUCUUGAAAAUGUGUCCUUCUAACCCCUUUGUUACAGACCCGGCGGCGAGCUGGAAGCGGGCGAAUCGGAAAUCGCGGGUGUGACUCGCCUGCUGAACGACACUCUCGGCCGAACGGACGGCGAGGAAAACGAGUGGACGAUCGAGGAUGAGAUCGGAAACUGGUGGAGGCCCAACUUCGACCCGCCCAGAUAUCCGUACAUUCCGGCGCACGUCACCAAGCCGAAAGAGCACACCAAACUGCUUCUGGUCCAGUUACCCGCCAAAUGUGAGCCCAUAACACCGGGGGAAAAUUUGGUGCCUUGCGGCCGUCAGCUGCUGUCUUUUAGUCUAGUUUUUUCUCGAUUCUUCUGCUGAUUAAUUGAAAAAAUCACGAUUUUUUGAGAAGCACUCGUAAUUUAAUUAAAAGUCCAGAAAUUCUAUCUCAAUUUGCCUCAUAAAAACUUGUAAAUUUUCAGCGACAUUCUGUGUGCCGAAAAACUUCAAACUGGUCGCCGCUCCGCUUUUCGAGCUCUACGACAACGCGGCCGCCUACGGACCGCUCAUCUCGUCGCUUCCGACCACUCUCUCACGAUUCAACUUCAUUUUCAACGACUCUAACUAA